AUGGAUCUUGUACUCAAUAUUGCAGAUUAUUAUUUUUUUACACCGUACGUAUAUCCAGCCACAUGGCCAGCGGACAACAUCUUCCGACAAGCUAUCACUCUCCUGAUUGUAACAAAUCUCGGUGCUUAUAUACUGUAUUUCUUCUUUGCAACACUGAGUUAUUAUUUUGUCUAUGACCAUUUAUUAAUGAAACACCCACAAUUUUUAAAGAAUCAAGUGUCUCGAGAGAUUACGCAUUCUGUCCAGUCAAUGCCGUGGAUGAGCAUCCCCACGGUUUCACUGUUCCUGCUAGAGGUGAGAGGUUACAGCAAACUCUAUGACGGCGUAGGAGAGUUUCCAUAUGGCUGGUUUCAACUCGUUGCUAGUGUCUUGUCCUUUCUCUUCUUCACUGACAUGCUGAUCUACUGGAUUCACAGAGGCCUUCAUCAUAGACUUGUAUAUAAGCGCUUACACAAACCUCAUCAUAUCUGGAAGAUUCCAACUCCAUUUGCGAGUCACGCUUUUCACCCUCUGGACGGCUUCCUUCAGAGUCUGCCUUACCACAUAUACCCUUUUAUCUUCCCGUUACACAAGGUAGUUUAUUUAGGCUUAUACAUCUUGGUCAAUAUCUGGACAAUUUCCAUUCACGAUGGUGAUUUUCGUGUUCCCCAGCUCUUAAAGCCUUUUAUUAAUGGCUCAGCUCAUCACACAGACCACCAUAUGCUCUUUGACUAUAAUUAUGGGCAGUAUUUCACCUUGUGGGAUAGAAUUGGAGGCUCUUUCAGAAAUCCCUCCUCCUUUGAGGGGAAUGGACCUCUUAAUUAUGUGAAGAAAAUGGCAGAAGAAAAGCACAAUAGCCAUGGAGGAAAUGGUUAUAAAAAUGAAAAAUUAUUCAAUGGAGAGUGUACAAAGACUGAGUAG